AUGAGGACUCCCGAUGUGGAAGGAUCCCACGGAGGAGAGGACCUCUUUCGUGGUUUCUUCACCGGAUUCGAAGAUGCUACCGACCUGAGUGAAGCAUCGAGUCUCUUCGAUGAGGCUCAACGAAUCCUGAGUCGGGCCUUGGCACUCCAUCAAGAGGGGUUUUCUAAAUCCCUAGUAGAGCUGAGCCGAUGUGAGGCUGAUCUUCAAAGGCUCACGGAGGAGAGAAAUUUCCUCAAGCUUCUCAACGGGCAAAAAGAAGAGGAGAUCAAGGAUCUCCGAGCCAAAUUGGCCAUGGCUCACAAAGAACAGACCGAACUGAUUGAGCAGGUUCAACAGAAGGCCGAGAGGAUCGAACAGCUCCUUGAGGAGGGUAAUAUGAUGAAGGCGAAGACGUUGGGGUGGAAACAAAACAUGGACCGCCUUGCCUCAGAGGAAGAGGCUGCUCAAGACCAAUUGUUAGCAGCCGAAAGUCAGCUCCAAGACGUGAAGGAGAAAAGCUCAGCUCAGGCCAAGAAAAUAGAGGAUCUCGAGGCUCGAUUAGCCACCGAACUCGUAAAAGCUAAAUCUGAGGCAAAAAAUGUGAAGGCCGACGAGGAGGCGAUUGUGGCCGAGACCCUCGAGGAGAUCCAUGCUCGAGGUUACGAUCUUACUGACGAGAUAAGGAAGGCCAAAGAGCUUGAAGACGAUGCUAAGGCAUUUUCCUCCUCCGACGGUGACGAUGAUGACAAGAGCAAGAGGGGAUCUGAGAGUGGGGAGGACCCCGGUGAAGAGGAAGCCACCUUCGAGAAUAGUUAG